CACACUUCUCAGACGUUUUUUCGUCUUCUUCAACCCUUCAACCCUAAAAAAUCCCACUAGAGAAAAAAUCGAUUAAUAAUGAAGUACAACGCCAAAGUGUCGAGUUCACGAAGAAAAUGCCGGAAAUCCCACUUCACUGCGCCGUCCAGUGUCCGCCGCACCAUCAUGAGUGCCCCGCUCUCCGCUGAGUUAAGAACCAAGCACAAUGUCCGUUCUAUCCCUGUGCGCAAAGACGACGAGGUUCAGGUUGUGCGCGGGCUCUACAAGGGACGCGACGGAAAGAUUGUUCAGUGCUAUAGGAAGAAGUUCGUGAUCCAUAUUGAUAGGAUAACCCGGGAGAAGGUGAACGGGUCGGUUGUGAAUGUUGGAAUACACCCUUCCAAUGUGGUUGUGACUAGGUUGAAGCUCGAUAAAGACAGGAAGGCAUUACUGGAUCGUAAGGCGGAAGGUCGUCCGAAAAAUGACAAGCUCAGGAAGGUUGACAUCUUGAUGUCUGAGAAGGUUAAGGAUGAGCUCGUCAUGGAUGGAUGCGAUAUCUGAGCUCACUUCAUAAUCUGCUGAACUAAUUAAACUAGGAAGCCUGUUAAUACUAACAAGGAUAUGAAGUUGAAGAGAGAAGGAUUGUUGAAGAGGAGUAAUUGAGUAAGCUAUGAUGAUGCAUUAGAAUUUUAUUUGAACUUUGUCGGUUCAGACUAAAACAGUUAAAUACUUAACCUAACAUAUAACAAAAUCACGAGUUAUUAGAAUUAUGUUUGCAAGAACCCACUCGUAUUUGCAGGCAGUUGUUAAAUGUGUGUUUGUAGUGAUGGAGCUUAGUGUUUUGCCUGAAUUUGUGUUUGCAUUGCCUUUUCUGGUUAUGAAUCCCUUUCUUUACUUGCA